CACCUUUUUCUGAUUCUUCAACAAAACAUUCAUCAAUUCCCAAGUUUCUCCAUUAACAGAAACAGAUAAUCUCUCUGGUCUCCUCCACUCUCACUAUUUCUUCACUUUCCUUACCCCUAGGGUUUGGGUUCCUCUUCUAGGGUUUUGUACCAACAUAAUGUUAAUUUUGUCUACUCCACUUUAGUCUUUAAUGGAAAAGUGUUAAAUUGGGAAAGAAAAAAACCGCAUUUUGUUUUUCAAGGAAAAGUAAAUUUCGAAUAAACUUAUAUGGAAGGAAUUAUUUUUUUAUUUUCCCUAUUGCGUUCUCUUAGAGCUGAGAUUUGAAGGUAGAGUUGGAUCAUUGAGAUUCUGAAAUCGGCACAAAUGAUAGUUAAGCUUAAGGAGAGGUAAAGAUCCAUGUUGUCACCUCUCUAUGGAAGUCUGAUGAAAUUUCAUUUUGUCUAGAAGAGCCGAAGAAUUGUGUCUGCAAACAUGCAUUUUGCUAAGCUUGAUGACUCUCCGAUGUUCCGUAAGCAGAUACAGACUUUGGAGGAAAGUGCUGACUCCUUGGGGGAAAGAUGUUUGAAGUUUUGCAAAGGAUGUCGAAGAUACACUGAAGGACUCGGUGAGGGAUAUGAUGGAGACAUAGCUUUUGCCAGUGCACUGGAAACCUUUGGUGGAGGCCAUAAUGAUCCUAUUAGUGUUGCCUUUGGAGGUCCUGUUAUGACAAAAUUCACUAUUGCAUUGAGGGAAAUUGGGACAUACAAAGAAGUUCUUAGAUCCCAGGUUGAACACUUGCUAAAUGAUCGAUUGCUGCAGUUUGUAAAUUUAGAUUUGCAUGAUGUCAAGGAGGCACGCAAACGCUUUGACAAGGCUAGUCUUCUCUAUGACCAGGCUCGUGAGAAGUUUUUGUCAUUACGAAAAGGCACAAGAAGUGAUGUAGCAACUGUCCUGGAGGAGGAGCUCCAUCAUGCUCGGUCAACUUUUGAACAGGCGCGAUUUAAUCUGGUCACUGCUCUUUCAAAUGUUGAAGCAAAGAAAAGGUUUGAGUUCUUAGAAGCAGUUAGUGAAACAAUGGCUUCUCAUCUGCGCUAUUUCAAACAGGGAUAUGAGCUGUUGCAUCAGAUGGAACCAUAUAUUAACCAGGUCUCAACUUAUGCAAAACAAUCAAAAGAGAGAUCCAACUAUGAGCAAGCAGCUCUUAAUGAGAGAAUGCAAGAAUAUAAACGCCAGAUUGAUCGAGAGAGCCGGUGGUCCUCAAAUGGUUCAAAAGGAUCUCCAAAUGGAGAUGGAAUCCAAGCCAUUGGAAGGAGUUCGCAUAAGAUGAUAGAGGCUGUCAUGCAAUCUGCUGCAAGAGGAAAGGUCCAAACAAUUAGACAGGGUUACCUUUCGAAGCGAUCCUCAAACCUAAGGGGUGAUUGGAAAAGAAGGUUCUUUGUUCUUGAUAGCCGGGGUAUGCUGUACUAUUAUCGCAAAAGAAGCAGCAAACCUUCUGGCUCAGGCACUCAACUUGCUAAUCAAAGAAAUAGUUCGGAAUUGGGUUCUGGAUUGCUAAGUCGUUGGUUGUCUUCUCAGUAUCAUGGUGGGGUACACGAUGAGAAAUCUGUUGCUCAUCAUACAGUAAACUUGUUGACUUCAACAAUAAAAGUUGAUGCUGACCAAUCAGAUUUAAGAUUCUGCUUCAGAAUAAUAUCCCCAACAAAGAACUAUACACUCCAGGCAGAGAGUGCCCUGGAUCAAAUGGAUUGGAUUGAGAAAAUAACAGGGGUGAUAGCC